AUGAGUUGCCUUCAUGCUUGCUUCAGAGACAGAGGUCCUCACACAGAGACAGAAGCUAUGAAAAGGCAAAACUCUGGUCAGGAGGAUGAAAUUGUUGAAUUACAAGAAGAUAAUGUGGAGGAAAGUGACACACCUCUAAAUACUCAAACAAGAAAGGAGAGAGAUCACUGGAAAUCAUGCAGGAAUGUAGUUUUCUGGAAGUGUAAAUUAUGGAUGUUUAUUACUACCAUUUUUCUAGUGUUCUUCCUGGUCAUUCUUAUCAGCUUAAGUCUUUAUUCCAAUGUUUACACAGAUGAAGAUGACUACUGGGAUCCUGAAGCACUACUAAAUAGUAGAAAUUGUCGCAAUUUUUCAGGAACAUUGGAAUUAAUGUGUGGUCUUCCACACCUCUUCUUUGAAGAUGUUACUAAGAGGUUAACAGAUGUCUACAGUUCAUCUCCAGCUCUAGGACACUACUUUAGGUCAGCUCAGGUGGUUUAUUUCAGUAAUGAAACCUCCACUGUAUUUUAUCAGCUAGAGUUUUCUGUGCCACCAUCAAUAGAGGGGUUUAUGGAAAACACAAUGAACCCAGAUUUUAUAAAGAAUGUUUUGCGUCAAAAUAUUUAUGAUGAAGAUGACACAUUGAAUCCUGGAACAUCUGAAUGUAACAAGUUAAAGCUUGACCCGACUUCUCUCACAUUAACAUGUAGAGAAGAGAAAGCUUAUGAGGAAGCUGCCAAUAGCUUUGGCUCAGAGCCAGUAGCAGCAGCUGCAGGAACUUUGCCAGUAACUCUGGGAACUUUGCCAGGACCUCAGAUAACUGCCAUGGCUAUGCAGGCAGGCGCCAUUAACGAGGCACAGUCUCUUCCUCCCUUUGCUGCUGAUAUGGAAGCAGCAGCGGAUGCAGGGUCCCAAAGAGAAAUUUCAUGGAGGAUUACAGUAGGAGUAUGGGGACAGCAAGCUCAAGAAGAUGAUGAUGAUGAUGACGAUGAUAUACAGUCGGCUAAUAUACCCAGACAGGAAAUUAGACAUGGAACCUGUGACAGCUUCUCGCUGCGGCGCGUCCCUUUCGAAAACGAACGCGCUAAAGUUACCGCUGUCUCCGGGGUUGGCGAACGUGUGUCUAGUUUCUGGCACUCCCGGGACGGGACGCCGUGGCGCGUUUAUAGGGGGGGGGGAGUUAAUCAGGGCUGUCCCCUGCCGCCACCGAGUUCGUCCCCGGCGGCCGUUCGUCCCUGGAGGCGGUUCAACAGCAGCCCGGAAGACGGCAAGCAGCUACAGCCGGCGGAGGAGUACCGAGAGCCAAAACAAGCUGCGGUCGUUCUCAAGUGCAGCAGUGGGUGCCCGAGCAGUGCCUUGAAUGAUCCCGAGGGUUCCGUGUUCACACCAGUAGCGGCCUUCUGA